AUGGGCCCAGUUACCAGAAAGCUCACUCGUCUCAACGACAAUGAGAAACAUCAUCUCAUAACCAACUUCGACAGACUCCGCACCGAGCUCUUAUGCCCCGAAUGCAACAACAAAGCUACUCUCUCACACAACGGAUAUUCCCGUGAUACAUACCGCCAUCCUCGUUUCGCAUGUCGUAAAUGCCAAAAGCAACCAAAUCAUGACAAAGUACUUGAAGCAAUCAAAAACCACUCCAACCAAACCGACACAGCGCCAUCCUUGGAGAACAACCCCGCAUCUGCCCCUGCAACUCAACCAGCUCCUGAAGAGAACACCACUAUCGACACUGAAGAAUACCUUUUCGACUCACCUUCCGGCAAUUGGGCUGAUGAAAUGGAAGCAGCAGAACAAGCAGAGGCUCAGCAUUUGAAUUCACGGCCACCAUUGUUGCCCAACCAACAGGAAGAUCUACCAGCCACUGUCAGCAGCAUUAUGACAGAAUUAAAUUCACUCCGCUCCCAAGUGCAACAACAGGACAACUUACUCCGUGAACUCAAAACCAUCACCGAUCGCUUGACACAGGUAACCAUUGACCUAAAUAAGGCUAACUCCCGUGUGACAGAAUUAGAACGAGAUAACAACCGCCUCCGUGCACAACUCGAACACUCACAAUCACCAGGAACAUCAGCAUCGAUCCAUGCUCCCACAUACAGCCAACCUAGCCAACCUACCAAUAGCCAACAUACCACUAAAUCCACCAACCCAUGGCACCAACCAGACCGAGUCAACCAGCUACGACGUCGACAUCAACCUACCGAAGCAACAAUCCAACGCCGUAAACAAGCUGCAGCUAGGGCCUUUCAACCCCUAUCAUCAACCCAUGGAUUUCAAUACACUUACUUCUACUCCCAAUCUCGCAUACGCACCAACGCCGUGAGAGCCCGUUUUAGAAAACUCGGCAUUGAUAAUGGCCGUGUCCUCGACAUCCACUAUCCUGAUUAUCAGGUAUUAGCAGUCCUAACACACAAUGAUUAUGUAGCAGAGCUUAAACAGCUUAUGGCUGAACAAGGCAUCUACCCAAUGGACAAAUUCAGCCCUGAUGACCCAACACGCCUUCGAGAUCCUAAAUACAAGGACCUUGAUAACGCCCAACGCCAAACCAUUGCCACCAAUCUCUAUAAGCAACGCCUCCGAAAAGCACUCACCAUCAUCCGCAUACCAGUACGCUAUGCAGUUGCCCGAAGCUUUUAUCGCCAAGAGCUCAUCACUGAAGACAAACUCAACGAGAUCCUUGGCAAAAAAGACACCCCACCACCUACAGCCUCCCAACAAUCCCAAGCUGCAGCAAACUUCCAACAACCCGCCCACACCAACCAACACGAUACCCAACAACCAACAACACCAGCUACCCCCAAUCCCAAUGACACCGAUACGGCAAUGACUGAAAAUGAACCCACAGAAAACAACGACUCCGAUAUACAUGAGGGGUCGCCUCGUUUAUGA